CAAAGUCUUGGCUAAGCAGUCAGCAGGACAAUGUGGGCCUAUUCCUCCCGGGCUCCUCGUUGCACCAAGUGAUAGACCACAGCAGCCCCUCAGGCCCCCUUCAGGGCCCAAGAUGUCCCCUGGGGCCUUCCGGGUGGCCCUGCUCCCGCUGUUCCUGCUGGUCUGUGUCACACAGCAGAAGCCGCUGCAGAACUGGGAACAAGCAUCCCCUGGGGAAAAUGCCCACAGCUCCCUGGGAUUGUCUGGAGCUGGAGAGGAGGGUGUCUUUGACCUGCAGAUGUUCCUGGAGAACAUGAAGGUGGAUUUCCUACGCAGCCUUAACCUCAGCGGCAUUCCCUCCCAGGACAAAACCAGAGCGGAGCCACCCCAGUACAUGAUCGACUUGUACAACAGAUACACAACGGACAAAUCGUCUACGCCUGCCUCCAACAUCGUGCGGAGCUUCAGCGUGGAAGAUGCUAUAUCGACAGCUGCCACGGAGGACUUCCCCUUUCAGAAGCACAUCCUGAUCUUCAACAUCUCCAUCCCGAGGCACGAGCAGAUCACCAGGGCUGAGCUCCGACUCUAUGUCUCCUGCCAAAAUGAUGUGGACUCCACUCAUGGGCUGGAAGGAAGCAUGGUCGUUUAUGAUGUUCUGGAGGACAGUGAGACUUGGGACCAGGCCACGGGGACCAAGACCUUCUUGGUAUCCCAGGACAUUCGGGACGAAGGAUGGGAGACUUUAGAAGUAUCGAGUGCCGUGAAGCGGUGGGUCAGGGCAGACUCCACAACAAACAAAAAUAAGCUCGAGGUGACAGUGCAGAGCCACAGGGAGAGCUGUGACACACUGGACAUCAGUGUCCCUCCAGGUUCCAAAAACCUGCCCUUCUUUGUUGUCUUCUCCAAUGACCGCAGCAAUGGGACCAAGGAGACCAGACUGGAGCUGAAGGAGAUGAUCGGCCAUGAGCAGGAGACCAUGCUUGUGAAGACAGCCAAAAAUGCUUACCAGGUGGCAGGUGAGAGCCAAGAGGAGGAGGGUCUAGAUGGAUACACAGCUGUGGGACCACUUUUAGCUAGAAGGAAGAGGAGCACCGGAGCCAGCAGCCACUGCCAGAAGACUUCUCUCAGGGUGAACUUUGAGGACAUCGGCUGGGACAGCUGGAUCAUUGCACCCAAGGAAUAUGACGCCUAUGAGUGUAAAGGGGGUUGCUUCUUCCCAUUGGCUGAUGACGUGACACCCACCAAACAUGCCAUCGUGCAGACCCUGGUGCAUCUCAAGUUCCCCACAAAGGUGGGCAAAGCCUGCUGCGUUCCCACCAAACUGAGUCCCAUCUCCAUCCUCUACAAGGAUGACAUGGGGGUGCCAACCCUCAAGUACCACUAUGAGGGGAUGAGUGUGGCUGAGUGUGGGUGUAGGUAGUCCCUGCAGCCACCCAGGGUGGGGAUACAGGACAUGGAAGAGGUUCUGGUACGGUCCUGCAUCCUCCUGCGCAUGGUAUGCCUAAGUUGAUCAGAAACCAUCCUUGAGAAGAAAAGGAGUUAGUUGCCCUUCUUGUGUCUGGUGGGUCCCUCUGCUGAAGUGACAAUGACUGGGGUAUGCGGGCCUGUGGGCAGAGCAGGAGACCCUGGAAGGGUUAGUGGGUAGAAAGAUGUCAAAAAGGAAGCUGUGGGUAGAUGAUCUGGGAACGGCAGGAAACCAGGCAGAAACUAGCAGAAGAUACAGGUGAUGUGCAGAGAGCUGCACGGGACUCACAGGGUCUAGGAAGCUGAGACUCAUUCUGACAACAUAAGGUGUGAAGGAAGGAGUGAACUCCAGCUGCUGCUUCCUGUCACUGCCACACUCCACUGAGAUGUGCGUCGUGACCUCUGACUGUCAGUUGUAGAAACCAAAACUCAGCAAGCCAAUGACUAUGACUCAGCAGAGGAUUCUACCCCAGGUCUGUUGGGCCCCAAAUUGUGACACCUUCCCAAGUGUCACAUGUGGUUUAGCAGAUCAGUGUGUAUUGAUGGAGUCACUAGAUAUUGAAGGCCCCUCUUGAGGCCAGGUAGGGCUGAGCCAGGUCCACACCCACCACGAUGAAUAGGCUGCUUGCUGUGCUCCAACACGAUCUGCUUGCUCCCUGCGCAUGCUCACUCUGUGGCCAUGUGACUUAUGAUAAAACCCCUCCCCUGAAGAAAUAUCCCCAAACAACCACAGAAGGGAGACAGUUCAGGACCUCAGCCCUCUGACGUGCACUGUGACCCUUGGGAGUUUCAGGAGUCAUGCAAGGCCACUUGCAAUCCUUUAUUGAUUCGGUGACCAUCUGGGAGAGACUGCCUACGGCUUGGGCCUCUGAAAUUAUCUACUCUGUCUGGCCAAAUCCACAGGCAGGAGCAUCUCCUGCCUUACGGACUCCACAGAGGACAAGGCUGGGGUCUAAAUUUGUUGGGAUCUAAUGUGCCUCUAGUUAACUAUGAAACUUAACUAUUUUCCUUCCCUGGUGACCUGCACUCCAGUGAUUAGAAGUCCAGCCUUACCUGUGAGAGAGCUCCUGGCAUCUAAGAGAACUCUGCUUCCUCAUCAUCCCCACCGACUUGUUCUUCCUUGGGAGUGUGUCCUCAGGGAGAACAGCAUUGCUGUUCCUGUGCCUCAAGCUCCCAGCUGACUCUCCUGUGGCUCAUAGGACUGAAUGGGGUGAGGAAGAGCCUGAUGCCCUCUGGCAAUCAGAGCCCGAAGGACUUCAAAACAUCUGGACAACUCUCAUUGACUGAUGCUCCAACAUAAUUUUUAAAAAGACCUGCAUUAAAUGUUUCCAUGUAACAAUGACCAACUUUAACACAAAAUACAAUGGAGCAUUGGUGUUUAGUUGGUAGAGCUGGAGAAAAGAUAAAUCCCUAAAACAUGCCAGCCAGCGUAGCAUGGCAGUGCUGUCCACAGAUGGUGGUGGGUGGUGACGUCUUCUUCAGGUCCCAGUGACGUGUCUGUGUGUGAGGGAGAGUUUUACUUAGAAAUAAAGUCUAAUGCCUGGU